AUGCCCCUUGUGGUGCCGGUUCUCCGGCUGGCCUACGUAUUUUUGAAUGUCUUUGAGACGUUCAAGACGUUGCGCCUACCCCCACCCUCCUCGCGAAAUGGUGGUCAACCUAGCGUACGCGCCAUGAGCCAACGAAAACGCGCCAUGAAAGGGUGCAUGACCGUGUGGCUUGUGUGGGCGUGCUUCAUCAUCUAUGAACGAUGGGCAGAAGUCUUCGUCUACUUGGUCGUUCCCUUCUACAGCGAGAUCAAGUCAUUGUUCAUCCUUUUCUUUCUCAUGACCCGUGCGAAGGGAGCGGAGCCGGUAUAUCUUCAUGUAAUCCGCCCCCUGAUCAAGCCGUACACCGCGCCGCUCGAUGCCCUGUUUGCAUGCCUGUUCUCGUUCGCCGAUCUCCUCAUCCUUAUAGCGUCUAUCCCGGUCAACUACGUUCUCGACUACUACUACCGGCUACUCGCCCGGUUCAACAAGUGGUACCGUCCCUGGUUCACGGCCUACGACCCGCCUCAGGCAGACCCGCAAACAUGGCACCAAGAUGAGCCCGCCGUACCCCGCCCGGCAAAUCAUCGUGCUUACGUCUCAGAGCUCAUCACCACCGAUAGACCCAGCGCGGCGCGCGAUAACUCCACUACUUCCGUGCCUCAGACUUGCUCGACCAUUCAACGGUCCGAUGCGGACACGCCGACACAGAAGAUAUGGCGGCCUCCUGUUAGCGCAUACAACAUGGACAACGACGAUGAAGCCGGCUUCAGCUCGCGCACGGGUCUCCCGACCCCUCCCAUUGAAGCACAGGAACGUCAUCUAGCCGCUGGAUCUCCUGGCUCCGACGACUGGCGCCAGUACCCGCCCUUCCCUGCCGCCUACCCGCCGACUCCUUUGGCCCCGUCUUCACGACUACCAUACCUCGGGGAGCCUAUAGCUGCACCGAAACCGGUACGACCCGGUAUGCAGUUCGCGGGGAUUGAAGAGGAAGACAGCGACGAAGAGACCCCCGAGACCCAGCAGGGUUUUCGCAGGUCGCUCCUGUUGCCGCGUGAGCCCCCGAACCCCGGCUCCGAUGGCGACUCGAGCGACGAAAACCGCAUGAAAGGGGUUCAACACACUCAAACGCAGCAUACAUCAUCCACCACCACACACAUUAAUGACCGGCCACGACGCGACUCUGAGACGGAGAUGAGCGUGGACGAGACUCCGGCGACAGCGCGGGCCGCGGACACCGACAUUCCCAUGAACGAAGACGACGAUGAAGACGACGACACGACACGACCCUACGCACCCCCUUCUCGCGGCGCCAAUACCGGGACGACGAGGAGCGACGCUCUCACUCGACAGCAUGGCAAGCCGUUCCACCGCACUCAGCACGACGGACAACGGGUCCUCGCUCCGUACGUUCUCGCGCAGCGCAUCGCGCGCGUCGACGAGCCUCACCUCCCCCAUCUCCCCCACCGACUCCACGAGAGCUCAAAGCCCGCCCCGAUUCCCGCCGGCGACGCGCCGUCCCUCGCGGGCAAGAAGCGUCGCCUCCCGCCGCGCUACGCCGAGGACGAGGUCCGGUUCUCGCUCAACGUCCCUGCGCGCAAGAAGGUCGCUGCAGCUGGCGGUGCCACGAUGCGCUCCUCAUCCCGCGCCUCCUCGCGCGUGGGCACUGUCGGCAGGCGGAAGGGCCAGGCCGUGCAGGCGACGCUUCUAUCGAACUCGGACUCGGACUCGGACGGCGAACGCGCGGAGAAGCGGGCGAAGGGCGAGGACGGCGAGGAGUACGUGCCCAGCGACAGCUCGUCUGGUGCGAAGCGCAAGCGUGUCGCUGCGGGUGGGCGGGUUCCCCGUCCCGCGCCGAAGCGCGGCGACAGCCAAGGCACCACAAAGAAGUCUAGUGUGGGCUCAAAGGGGAAGGCGGUGGCAAACACUCAGGCUGCUAAGGCCUCAAAGGCGAAGUGA